AUGCACUCCCCAUCCCCACAACUUCUCCGCGCCCUCCGCACCUCGCUCACGGGCACCCCAUCCCGAUUCACCCGAUUCCCAUCAACAGCCUCAAAAUGCGCCAUCCCAAAACUGAGCCACCAGCUCCCCUCAAGCAGACGCAAUGACAGCUCAUCCAUCCGCCCAUCCCGCAUGGUCUCCCGCGCGCACGCUCACAAGCCCGUCAGCCGCGACCGCGGUCCAGAGUCCAACGAAGACACGGUGACGGACUUUGCCGCGCUGAACGUCUUGGGCAAUGUCCCUGCGCCGACAACAGCUAUUGAUGCCACUCUUGACUCUGGCUUCCACCUAAACAAUGGAGUUAAGGUUACUGGUGGUGAUGGACUGCUGCUUGUUGGUGGUGAGGCUUUUGCGUGGAGGCCGUGGAAGAGUGUAGAGGGUGCUAAGGAUGAUCGUGCUGCUAAGGAUAGCAUGAUUAAUGCUAAGGGGCAGUUUGAGCUUGAUGAGUCUGUUUGGGGGAUUUUGGAUGUUGUCUGGCCUAAGCCUGAUAUGCUCAUUCUUGGUCUUGGCGCCUCGAUGUUCCCUCUCUCGCCUGAGACCAAGCGCCACAUCAAUUCCUUGGGCAUUCGGGUUGACAUUCUGGAUACCCGAAAUGCGGCUGCUCAGUUCAAUCUGCUUGCUACGGAGCGUGGUGUUACUGAGAUUGCUGCUGCCAUGAUUCCUAUUGGGUGGAAGGGCAGAUCCUAG